GCACAAUGGCAGUUGAAAAAGUAGAUUUUUCUUUGAAAGAAACCAGCCCAAACAUCGGCGGUGACCGAGUUUCCGGCGGCGAAAAACUUACAUCUUCAUUUGAUCUUGUUGAGAAGAUGGAGUUUUUAUUUGUCAGAAUAGUUAGAGCUAGAGAUUUGCCAUUGAAAGCUGUCAAUGGAAUCAUUGAUCCUUACGUUGAAAUAAAAAUCGGAAACUAUAACGCGACAACCAAGUACUUCGAGAAGAAACCGGAUUUUGAAUGGAACCAAGUGUUCGCCUUCGGACAAGAUCAGUUGCAGGCUACAACUAUGGAGAUCACCGUGAGAGACAAGGAACUAAUAAUUGGUGACAAUAUGAUUGGCAAAAUCACCGUUGCUUUGCAUGAGGUUCCACCUUGUCUUCCCCCUGAUAGUCCCCUCGCUUCACAGUGGUAUAAAUUGGAAGAUAAAAAUGGUUUCACUUUAAGAAAAGGCGAAUUGAUGUUGGCUAUGUGGCAUAGCACACAAGCCGAUCGCGUGUUUCCCGACGCUUGGCACUCGGAUUCGGCAAUUGUGAGCGGUGAAAGCCUUUUAAAUACUCGUUCAAAGGCAUAUCUUUCGCCGAGACUUUGGUACCUUCGAGUUAACGUAAUUCAAGCACGAGAUUUAGUCCCAGGAAGAAGGGAUCGAAAUCCUCAAGUUUAUGUUAAGGCUGUAGUUGGGGAUGUGAUAUUGAGGACCAGAGUUUCCCCUGAUAAGAAUGUGAAUCCUAAAUGGAAUGAGGAUUUGAUGUUCGUUGUUGCUGAGCCAUUUUUCGAUCCUUUAAUAGUAACGGUCGAGGAUAGGCUCGAAAAUAAUACGGUCCGAUGUUUAGGGAAGUGCGUGAUUCGUUUAUCGAAUGUUGAACAGAGGCUGCUACCUUUACCAGCUGAUCCGUUGUGGUACAAUCUUGAGGACAUUGUAUUUGAAGAUGGAAUGGAGAAAGAGGUGAAUUUCUUUAGUAAGCUUAACAUGUGUGUAAGUCUUGAUGGCGGAUAUCAUGUGUUCGAUGAAUCUGUUCACAUCGGAAGCGAUUACCGGCCUACUGCAAAAAUGUUGUGGACGGCUAUGAUCGGAGUUUUGGAGUUGGGGAUCAUUAACGCUUCCGAUUUGCAGCCAAUGAAGUUAAGAGAUGGCCGUGAAACGACCGAUGCUUAUUGCGUGGCGAAAUACGGGCCUAAGUGGGUCAAGACUCGGACAGUUGUUGACAGUUUCGAUCCAAAAUGGAAUGAACAGUAUAGUUGGGAUGUUUAUGACCCGUAUACCAUGCUUACCAUAGGAGUUUUCGAUGACUGUCACUUGCAUGGUGGCGAUGCAGUUGCAGUUGGAGAUGGAAAAGAUCCGAGUUUCGGAAAGGUACGAAUUCGACUUUCGACUCUUGCAACGAACAAGAUUUACACAUAUUCUUAUCCCCUUUUGGUGUUACAACCCAAUGGAGCGAAAAAAAUGGGAGAACUUCAGCUAGCAAUAAGAUUUACUUGCUCAUCUUACUUGAGCUUAUUUCUGGUUUACACCAUGAAUCCUUUGUUGCCUCAUAUGCAUCAUAUUUACCCUCUUUCGAUAUACCAACUCGAUAUUUUAAGGAAACAAGCCGUUCGUAUUCUUUGUUGGAGUCUAAGCCGAACCGAACCGCCGUUAAGGCAAGAAGUUGUGGAGUACAUGUUGGAUGGAGGUUCCCCAAUGUGGAGCCUAAGGAAAGCCAAAGCCAAUUUUCAGAGAGUUUUGGCUACUUUUAAGUGCUUUUCCGAUGCUCGGCAAUGGUUCGAUGAAAUCCGCAAGUGGAAUAAUUCUGCAGCAACUGUUUUAGUCUUGGCGAUCUACUGCAUUAUAGUUCUUAAACCAGAUUUGAUAUUACCAACAGUGACUCUUUAUAAUAUUCAAGUUAUGAUCCUCCAAUGGAGAAAGCGACCGAGGCGUCCAACUCAUAUCGAUGUAAACCUAUCGGUUGCCGGAUCUGUAACAGCCGACGAAUUGGACGAAGAGUUGGAUACUUUCCCAUCUUCGAGACAAUUCGAUGUUCUACGGAUGAGAUAUGAUAGGCUGAGAAGUAUUGCGGGGAGAGUUGUGACAGUGAUCAGUGAUAUUGCAACACAGGUUGAGAGGUUUCACUCGCUGCUAAACUGGCGUGACCCAAGAAUUACGGUGAUGUUCCUUGUUUGUUGUCUUGUUGGAUCCUUAAUGUUAUAUUAUUUAAUUAGUCUUAAAGUUUUUCUUAUUUUUGGAGGAUUUUAUGUAAUGAGGCCUCCAUUUUUAGGAAAAGAUGUGCUAAAUGCACCCCAGAAUUUCUUCAGUAGGCUACCUACAAAAGCAGAUUACAUGUUAUGA